AAAACCUUGUGGUUCGCAUAAAUAAAAAACCUCCAAAACAAAAAAAAAAAAAAAAAAAUCUCAAAACCCUUGACAGGAUCCUCGCUGUCUUUGCUUGUUCUUCCUCCUCCGCCCCUCAUCAGUCUUCUUCUUCUCCCUCUCAUCCUCCUCCCUUCGUUAUUCUCCUCUUCUCUCAUUUGACGAUUCAGAGAAAUACGUCCUAAAAAAGAUAAUAAAAACACAGCACAUCUUUCAUCAUGUCUGACGAAGUUUAUGAGGGUGCCAUUGGCAUUGACCUUGGUACCACCUACUCUUGUGUUGCUAACUAUGAGGGCAACAAUGUUGAAAUUAUUGCCAACGAGCAGGGUAGCUUUACAACCCCGUCGUUCGUCUCCUUCACUGAUGAUGAGCGUUUGAUCGGUGAGGCGGCCAAGAACCAGGCUGCGAUGAACCCUGAAAACACUGUUUUCGAUAUCAAGCGUCUGAUUGGACGGAGAUUCGACGACCCGAUUGUCAAGAAGGAUGUCGAGUCGUGGCCCUUCAAGGUCAUCGACCAGGGUGGAAACCCCAUUGUCCAGGUUCAGUAUUUGGGCGAGACCAAGGCUUUCUCUCCCCAGGAAAUUUCGUCUAUGGUCCUGAUGAAGAUGAAAGAGGUUGCUGAGACCAAACUCGCCAAGAAGAUCUCAAAGGCUGUCGUUACCGUCCCAGCAUACUUCAACGACAACCAAAGACAGGCAACCAAGGAUGCCGGUGCUAUUGCGGGCUUGAACGUCCUCCGUAUCAUCAACGAGCCUACUGCUGCUGCCAUUGCCUACGGUCUUGGCGCUGGCCGCUCCGAGAAGGAGCGAAACGUCCUCAUCUACGAUCUCGGUGGAGGAACUUUCGACGUUUCGCUUCUUAACAUCCAGGGCGGUGUUUUCACCGUCAAGGCUACUGCCGGUGAUACCCAUUUGGGAGGACAGGACUUUGACACCAACCUCCUCGACCACUUCAAGAAGGAGUUCCAGCGCAAAACCAAGAAGGAUCUCUCCGGCGACCCAAGAGCCCUCCGGCGUCUGCGCACUGCUUGCGAGCGUGCUAAGCGUACCCUCUCCAGCGCAACCCAAACCACCGUUGAGAUCGAUUCUCUCUUCGAUGGCGAGGAUUUCAACGCCCAAAUUACCCGUGCUCGCUUUGAGGAUUUGAACGCCAAGGCCUUCUCUGGCACCUUGGACCCGAUCCAACAGGUCCUCAAGGACGCCAACAUGGACAAGAGCAAGGUUGACGAGAUCGUCCUUGUCGGUGGCUCCACUCGUAUCCCCCGUAUCCAGAAGCUCCUCAGCGACUUCUUUGAUGGCAAGAAGCUCGAAAAGAGCAUCAACCCCGACGAAGCCGUGGCUUACGGUGCCGCUGUUCAGGCCGGCAUCUUGUCUGGCCAGGCCACCUCCGCCGAUACCAGCGAUCUGCUCCUUCUCGACGUGAUUCCUCUAUCUCUUGGUGUUGCAAUGGAGGGCAAUAUCUUUGCUCCAGUUGUCCCGCGUGGACGUACCGUUCCUACAAUUUGCAAAAAGACUUUCACCACUGUUGUAGAUAACCAGCAGACAGUGAACUUCCCCGUCUUCCAAGGAGAGCGCACUAACUGCGAUGAUAACACUUCGCUGGGAGAGUUUACCUUAUCCCCUCUGCCACCCAUGAGAGCCGGAGAAGCCGCUUUGGAAGUUGUCUUCGAGGUUGACGUCAACGGUAUCCUGAAGGUUACCGCCACUGAAAAGUCCACUGGCCGCAGCGCCAACAUCACCAUCUCCAACGCCGUCGGCAAGCUUUCUAGUACUGAGAUCGAAAACAUGAUCAAUGACGCCGCCAAGUUUAAGUCUAGCGACGAGGCCUUCAGCAAGCGCUUCGAGUCGCGCCAGCAGCUCGAGUCCUACAUCUCUCGCGUCGAGGAGAUCAUCUCCGACCCAACCAUGUCGCUGAAGAUCAAGCGUGGUAACAAGGACAAGAUCGAGUCCGCCCUCAGCGAUGCUAUGGCCCAGCUCGAGAUCGAGGACUCCUCCCCCGAGGACCUCAAGAAGAAGGAACUGGCGCUCAAGCGAUUGAUCACCAAGGCGAUGGCUACCCGAUAAACUUGUUCCCUUUUCAUUAUUUUCCCCCCAUCCGUUUUUCAUGUCCGCUUUUUCCCUCCCGUUUUGUGUUUGUCAAUACACGUUUCCCGGGUGUUUGUUUAUUUAAUUUGUUUAUGUUUCUUUUUUAUUAUCUAAAGAAAAGGGGAGAAAGGAAAUGAUAGAAAGCGCUUUUUUUCGCAUGUUACCAUUUUUGUGCCCUGCGCGUGCGCAGGGGAGAGUGGGGCAAUGGGGGGCCGCGCCGUUCGGGUUUGCGCUGUGCCUGUUCCCCUAUAGCUGGCUAUCCUUCAUGCCUUGUUGCUGUGUUAUAAUGAGAAUGAUCUUUUCCUAUCUACAUACUUUGAUCGAUCCCACGCCAUGAUGAAGAUAAGACGAAUUAUAUUCCUUUUUCAUCUUUCCCUUUUUCUCCUGUUUCCUAAGAUCUCUAGUUUUUUUUUUUUUUUUUUUUUUUUUUUUUUUUUGUUUUGUUGUGUGUUUGUGUUUCGUUUUAAACCGCCAGCUACUAAGACGUGUGUGAUGUCAUGAACUAGAGGGCUUGUCUUUCUUCAAAUUGAUGCUCUCUUCUCUCCCUUUUACGCCUCUCACGCACUUUCUUAUCACCUUCGCAGUACUUUUUACAGCUGUUAGAAAAAGUUUUUGCUUACUUUAUAUCUGUUUUACUAAGAAGCGUCUUAUCAGAAUGAACUCUGAAACGAAUGAAAGACAUAUAUACAUAUAUGUUCAUCCUGGUUCCCCAUCUAUAAAAUUGUGAAUUGGAUUUCCUGCAGGCUGUCUAGUUUUAGUACAUGUACAUGUACAAAGGCUCCCCAUACUUAGCCUACCGAUAUCAAUUAUAAUGUUGAACCCUUUCGGUCGAAGCAUGAAUUUUCCAAAAUUGCGCGUUGAUGAAGACAGCGCCUUGAAAUACACAAUCAUCCGAGAACAAUGGGUUUUGGGUAGCAUAGACAGUUGCAAUCCUGGCGAUGUAAGGCUUCACUGAAGCAUUUCCGCCGCCAGCAGUUUUCCAAGUGUGGAGAACAUUGCACCAAGAAUAGCAACUUGACCCUUCUAUGCGAAACAAAUCUCCCGUACUUCUCCCGUACUUCCACUGGCCUAAAUCGUCUUACGAGUAGAUAAAUGCAUGCUAGAUAAAAUCAC